AGAGUACCUAUCUAGUCUCCUCGCAUUCACUAUGUUAUUAAAAAUACCAACAAUGAUAGUUUAACUAAAAUAAAGUGAAAAAUUAGUGUAAUUAUUCACAGAUAGCGAAUAUGUCCAGCUAUAUGGCAAACAUAAAGAAAUUGCUAGUUUUCUUAACUUGCUUUUUAUCUGGCUUAGGUGUGUUGUUCUCUAUUGCUUCGAUAACGACUGAACGAUGGGUGUACGCGAACAACAUGAUAUAUUACCAGAUACCAGAUACGAUGCAAAAAGUCAAAUAUGGCUUGUUUCACGGAACUUUGACGACAACAGUUGGCACCGUCAUGGCAUCAGUACCAUUAACCAUGACAUGCCUAGCCAAAGAAAAUGUAUGCGCAUACCUAUGUGCCGAGUCAGAUGAGGCAAGAUAUACGCUCUUGAAGGAUAUCUACCAUAAUAAGAAAGAAAUUGAGCAACCAAACUGUCCAAGAAGUUCUCAGGACCAGGAGCGUCGUACUCGAGUCUCGUCAACGUUUCAAACAAAUACUACAGAUACAAGCAAUAAAAAGUAUAUAAACUGCGGCAUAUGGGUUACAACUAUACUUUUUCUGGUUGUUUCGAUGCUAUUCGGUUUAAUAUCAUCUGGUUUGUCGUUCUAUAAUACCAAUAUCAAUCCCAUUCAAGUAUAUUUAAGCAUAUACGGACUAUUUUUAUAUAACGCUAUAGCUUUGUUCAGUCUUAUCAUUGCCAUGAUGGUAUGGGGAGUGUUUUAUAACUUAAGUAUUUAUCACGAUGUGGCUAUUUUUGAUACGUUGACUGGAGCAAUGGAGUCUGAUAAAACUGCCUACUUGGGCUACUCUUACUGGUUAAACAUCGCACCUCUUAUCUUAUACAUGAUGAGCAUUGCGGUUCUGUUUCUGCGGCAGUAUUUAAUAUCGAAGGAUCCAGGCCAUAAAAUAGUACAAAGGCAGGAUGAUGGAGAUCCAGUGAUCUAUUUGUACUGAUAAUAAAUUAUUUUAGAUUAUUG